GUUAUGUCGGGGUGAGGCCCCCAUCAUGUGAUAACGUUUUCCUAUCGCCAACGGAAAACGUAAUGGGAAGCUUGCCAUGUGCGUCGUGGCAUGAGCUCUUUAUUGAGCGUUCGUCCAACGAACGAGAGGUCUGUUCACGCCUGAGGCGCAGCACUGCCGCAGAGAAAGAAAACAGGAACGAAGCUCUUGCUCAGUGCCUCGCGCUUGGAACUAAAGAUGCAGCACUAUGAACAGUAUCACGAAGUCGACGGCUUCUACAUCAGCAAGAGCUUCCCAGUAGAGUGCGUCCGCUCAGCGCUCCGCUACAAGGCACAACCGGGCGACCUAUUCAUCGUCAGCUACCCCAAGUGCGGCACUACAUGGAUGCAGCACAUCGUUUAUAACAUCAUAAAUGGCCAUCCACCUCCCAAAAACCAGCUGUUGAGCUGGAUAGAGAUGCCUUUCCUCGAAGCUCAAGGAGCCGAAUCUGUCGAGGACAUGAAGAGGCCGGGCCCAAUCAAGACACACAUGGCUUUCCGGUUCCAACCUUACUCGAAAGACGCCAAGUACAUCUACGUAGCGAGAAACCCGUACGACUGCUGCGUGUCUUAUUUCUACCACACCAAGCACAUGCCUGAGUACCACUUUGAAGACGGCACGUUCGAUGAGUUCUUCGACAUGUUUGUGGAAGGCAAGGUUGACUUUGGCGACUACUUCGACCAUUUGCUCUCUUGGCAUGCACACAAAGAUGAUCCAAACGUCUUGUUCGUAACCUACGAGCAGCUUAAGAAGGACAUCAAGGCUUGGGUCCUGAAGAUUGCUGAUUUCAUUGGGGAAGAGUUCGGCCAGAAGCUGCGGAGCGACAAUAGUCGGUUAGAGAACGUACUACUGAGCAUCAGCGUUAAGAACAUGAGAGAAACUGUCAACGAUUCUAUGAAAACCUUAUUCGAUGGUGCAGAGACCGCAUUCGGUAGAAAGGUGCCCAAAUGGGUCGCACUCAUAAGGGAAUCGAUAGGAGCUGAGGCUUGCGAUAAGCCGAUGACAGGCGAUUUUGUUCGAAAAGGCGUUGUCGGCGAUUGGCGGAACCACUUCUCGGAAGACCAAGUGCAGCGAUUGAAGAAGAGAAUUCAGGAGAAGACGCUAGGCAGUGAUGUCAUGGAAUUGUGGAAGGACGUCGAUAUUCCGCACUGAGUGUGUAAUGCGAACGUAUCAAGUACUCCUUCCUUAAGCUUGCUACUGUUACUUUAGAUCUUUUGCGCUGGUAUGAAAUAAACGAAAAUGCUAGGAGAA